UCAUGCAAAUCGCGCACCAAGGAGAUCCGCACAGACGAACCGGGAAGUUCGCUGCGCAAAUUGCGCAAGGUGAGGUCUGUGAGCUCACGGACACGAAUUCAAUAUGGCUUCCUGAUAAACAAAGGCACGUUUUAUAGAAUUUUUGCGUGCAAACAAAAGAAUAACCAAGAACGUAUCGAAACUGUACAAGCAUCACCAAUCAUGCAGGAAACAGCAAGCACGUUCCGGAAGGUAACCACAGCGCUUUUCUAUGCGUCAAGUUCAAUGCUUAUUGUAAUGGUGAACAAAAAUAUUCUUACUACAUACAAAUUCCCUUCAUUUCAAGCAUUGGGACUUGGACAGAUGUGUACGUCAGUGGUUGUUUUGUUAUUAGCACGAUCUCUUGGUAUCAUAACAUUUCCUGCAUUUGGAAAAGACACAGUGAAGAAGGUAUUUCCACUCCCUUUGUUCUUCUUUUUCAACUUGGUGUUCGGGUUAGGAAGUACAAAAACAUUAAAUUUACCCAUGUUUACAGUGCUACGAAGAUUUUCAAUUUUAUUUACAAUGAUUGGUGAAUAUAUAGUUUUAAGGAAGCAACCAAAUUGUGCAAUACAGCUUUCUGUAUAUUUAAUGUUGCUUGGUGCAAUUGUUGCUGCGAGCACUGAUUUGGCUUUUGACGCUACUGGUUAUUUAAUGAUUAUGAUCAACAAUCUCACCACUGCAGCGAAUGGUGUGUACAUGAAGAAGAAACUAGACUCUAAAGAUCUUGGUAAAUAUGGCCUAAUGUUUUACAACAGUCUCUUUAUGUUGGCUCCAUCUGUGAUACUCGCUACAUACACUGGCGAUAUGGAAAAGGCUUACCGAUAUGAAAGUUGGAAUUCAGUCAAGUUUGUGGUCCAGUUUAUACUAUCCUGUAUAAUGGGCUUCGUAUUAAACUAUUCAUUAUUUUUGUGUACACAAGCCAACUCGGCGUUAACUACGACCAUCAUUGGAUGUCUAAAGAAUGUUUUAGUAACAUAUUUUGGUAUGGUCAUUGGUGGAGAUUAUGUUUUUACAUGGACGAACUUUCUAGGAUUAAAUAUUAGCAUCGUUGGUAGUAUAAUUUAUUCUUAUUUGGUACUAUACAACCCUGCUACAACGCCGCCAGCACAAAGCAGUUCAAGUGGCAAAGUUUGAAAAUAAAACACGAUGUUUUUCUACCCAUACUCAAACCAAUGAUGUGUUAGUUAUAUAGGCUCGGAUUUGGAUAUCGGUAAAUAUAACGUAAUCUGCAAUGUAUAAAUAUAUUUUCACUGCAAGUAAUAUUUAUUAAA